AUGAUCUUCAAGCGAACAACAGAGAGCUCUAAAGCGUCUUUGCGCCUUGCACCAAACCAACUUCAAAAGCAGCCGCCGCUAAUUGAACGUUCCUCCAAGACCAAACCCAAUAUGAAGCCUCAGAAGUCGUGUCUGGCAAGCAUUCGAAAGAAGACAAAGCAACUGUUUGAGCUAUAUCGUUCCGCAGAUCAAGCGAACUUGUGGACGACUUUUGUGACUACGCAAGACAGUACAGACGCGUCGAUGAAAUCUAAUCGGCAUCAGUAUGGUAGUCACUUCAUGCGUAGGUUCUUCUGCAUUCUCGGUUUCGAGCGCAAUACCAACAAGCACUUGGACGAUCGCGCCGAGCCAGGUCUAGUAAAUCCAGGCAACAACGUAAGCGAUUUCCCCGACUCAGGCACAUUUGUUCCCGACGACGACGAAAGCGAUUGCGUCGAUUCAGGUUCAGUUGUGCCAGACGAUGGUGAAAGCGAUUACAGCGACGAUGGAGAGCCUAAUGAAUGCAAUAAGGAUGACCGACGAAACUUCAAGGCAAUUCGACAGAUCUCUCAAGAAGCAUUGGAGGAUCUCGUUCUGGAAACCUUGUAUCCUGUGAACAAAAUUCGAUCACACACGUGUCGCAUCGCACACCGUAAGGAGGGUUCUUUUCAUCACUGUGUCUUCUUUGACAUUGACGAUGGUCAAGAGUCUGAACAGGCAUAUGUACUGCGUAUCCCAGCUCAUGGGACGCAAGGGAAAUGGCAAGAGGAGGACGCAUUCAUGUUACGCAACGAGGCUGUUAUGAUGCAACACAUUCGACAUCACACCAAGUGUCCAGUUCCGGAAGUCAUAUCGUUCGACCAGACGCUGAACAACUCCAUUGGUGCACCUUAUAUCUUGAUGAAGAAGGUCACAGGUAUGUCGGCACUCGAUGUGUGGCAGGGCAACCAUUUGUACGAACCACCCGCACCUGGCGAUGAAUACCUGAACGCCGACCAGCCAUCUGUAUUACUGGAAGCGAUUCGCAUCAACUUCAUCAGGUCGCUCGCAGUAGCUAUGAGCCAUCUACACAAGCUUGAGUUCAGCAACAUCGGCGUGCCAGUCUUUGAGCAUCCCGAAGAUGAAGAGCCUUCUUCAAUAGGUCCGGCUUAUGUUUGGCAUACCAAGUCAACUAUGCAGCCCAUCAAAGGUAUUGGCCCGUUUCCCACCAGUCGUCAAUUCUUCGAGGCAGGUGUACAACGCUGUUGGAGUCUGGAUGUUACUGAGCUUGAUGACAUGCAUUCAGAUGACGAAGAGAUGUUGGAACACAAGGGUAUCAAAAAGAUUUUGAACCUGGUUGUAGAAUCUGAGCCUUUUGCUGCACCUUACGAAUCACUUCCGUUCGAUUGCUUAGAUGAAGAAAGCGCAACGAAUCCAGCUGCGCCGAAGCUAUUUGUUCUGCGUCACGAUGAUCUUGAUCUCCAGAAUAUCCUGGUUGACUACAAGGGUAAUGUGACGGGCAUCAUUGACUGGGACGGCUGUAUGGCAGUACCGCGCUGCGUUGGCUAUACUUCACUGCCAACCUUCCUGCGUCGCGAUUGGCUUCCGGGCCAUAUGGUGUCUGGCUGGCCGUAUAUCACUUGGUCCAUUCAGCGCUAUCGAGAGGCCUACAGUGCAGCUAUAAAAAAGGCUUGCGGUAGCGAUAAUAAUGAUGCCAGGUUUACAAAGAAGUCGGCCAUCUACCAAGCACUGUUUGCAGUUUUGUACGAAGACGAGGAGUGCCCUACUGUGUUGGGUAACAUGUUGGGAGAGAUUGAUGGAUUUAGACGCGUAGAUCCGUGGGAUCUGUGCGUUCAGUUGGGCAAGGGCUGGCCUGCUGCGGAGAAGGUACUGAAGGGGAAGAUCACCCAUUUGUUAGCACCGUAA